UAGUUACACUGUUUGCUCCUAUCAUACAAGCGCCAUUUGACAGUAAACUUGGUUGCUGUUUAGUUCAGUUCAAAAUUUCAUAUUACUUGCCUGUGUUAAAUAAUAAUUGUGUGUGUUUUCUGGGAUAUUUAUUGUAAACAUAUACUUGGACAUAAAUAUUUCAAUUGAUUUUAGAUUGUAUAAUCUUGUUUGUUGAUAGUGAAUUAUCAAAAUGGCGACAUCUGCAUUUUCUAGAAAUUUUGAUUUGGUUAAAUAUUAUUGUUGUACAAUCUGCAGGAAAGAACGGUCUGUAGAAAUAGAUGCAGAUUUUUACUGUAAAACAUGUCUUAAAUACUUCUGCAGAAGAUGUAUAAACUCCCACAGACAGCAUGGUUGGUUGUUUUUCAAAAAAUCUCCUUAUGGAAAGGAUAAAAUAAUGAAGUGGCCACUUUCUAAGAAGAUGGAGACUUCUCUUUUAACAUGCGUCAUACACAAGAGUGAACAAAUAACAAAGUACUGCGAGGACCACAGUGAUCAGCUGUGCUGCUCUAAAUGUGUUGAACUUAAUCACAGACUAUGCGUACAAGUAACUCCAUUACCUCAGGCUGCCGGAGGGAAGUCAACCAACUUCAAGAACCUGUCUGUCAGCACGGAAAAUACUCUUUCACAACUGAAACAAUGUCAGACGUAUCAGGAGGACAGAAUCAAGUCUCUUAAGGUUUCAUACAAAGAACAUGAGAGGCUUAUUGUGGAUGGUUUGCGUGUGAAUAUAGUAUCAUAUUUACGCGAAUGUGAAACCAGCACAGUUUACCCAAUCAGUGAAAUGCGUGAGGAAAUCAAAUAUUUAUUAGCAGAUUUUGAGAAAAGCACUAUUAAGGAGAAGAAAGAAGAGCUAAACCUGAAACAAGCUCCUCUCAAGGUUUUGAGAAACAGCUGCAUUAGACUUCACUAUGAAAUGUUCCAUCUCCAUGUAGCCAUACCGAAAGUACUGGGUAAAGAACUCUCUUUUAUUGCCAGUAAAAAAUGUCUGGAAAAUAUACAACAAUCUGAUAUAUUUAUAAAAGAGAACUUUUCAAACCAUGUAUUCACUGUGAAUGGGCAGUCUGUGCACAAUGUGAGUAUGCCAAGUGAUUCAUACGAAUGCCGGAUCACAGCAGUAUGUGCUCUCCCAAAUGGACAGGUACUGGUUGCAGACAGAUCAAAUAAAAAAGUCAAGCUUCUGAGCCAGCAGUACCAUGUGGUGAGCCACUUGGAUGUGAGGGAUGAGCCACUGGACAUGUGUCUUAUCACACCCACUGAGGUUGCAGUGGCUGUGCAUGAUGAGGUCCAGUUUAUCACAGUAAGCCAGAGCCAGCUUGCCAAAAGCAGGAAGCUUAAGUUACAACAUGAAUGUACAGGUAUUGCCCACAAUCAGGGUGACCUAUAUAUCUGCUCUGGUACUGCUCUGUACAAGUUCACAUUGAGUGGCAAACUGGUCUCCUGGCUCUAUGGAGAUACAUCAGCUGAUUUAACAGUAGACAAGUGUGCUGUGAGUCCCACAGGUGACAGGCUGUACAUCACCAGCUGGUACAAGCACAAGCUCCUCACCCUGGCCAGGGAUGGCACACUCCUGGCUACAUUCACAGACCCAGCACUACAUUGGCCAGCUGGUCUACAUGUGACCCCUGCAGGCCAGGUGCUGCUCUGUGGAUACUCGUCCGACACUGUACUACAGGUGGACAGAGAGGGGGAGAGUAAGCUGGCUACUCUUGCUACUCAGAAGGAUGGAGUGUGGAGGCCAUGGUCAGUCUGCUACAGCAGCACAACAUCAUCUAUCAUUGUGGGACAGGACCGGGACGACAACAUCCUGGUGUUCAGAGUGGAAUAGUGUGUACAUUUGCUGCUGACAGUCGGGACAACGAUGCUGAGGAUGUGGGAGACAAGCAUGACGCAGAAGGAGAGCACCAGCAUUGAUAUCGAGUUGGCCAAGCAACAGCACAAGUCCGGCCUGCAGGAGCCCCAAUACAGAACCAUCCUUUCCCUCCCCUGAUCCCUAGCUCCUCCCACUGGACCUCUGGCCACAAAGGGUUAGCAUCGUUACACAAGUCUGUUCUGCAAUAAAUCCUCAGCACGUCAAGUUUUCACGCGCUGUUAUGAACAACCAAAAUGUCCGCGUCGAGAUUUCCCCAAGCAAGCCCGAGUAGUUUUGUUUAGCUCUAGUGCCCGAGUGGGAUGAGUGUUACAGAAGCGAGACGUUAUAGCAGUACUUAUGGUAACGCAAACAGUUAACGCUAACAGUUAGUUCUCGCUGUGGACAUCAUGAAGAAUCUCACAAAGAAUUAAAUGUUGAAUAAUUUGUUUCAUUCUUUAUAAGACACAGGGUUCGCACAGGGCUUGAAAAGUGCUUGAAAACGAGUCCUAGGCUUGAAAAGCCCUUGAACAAAGGUUGGCCUUAAAACAGUGCUUGAAAAGUGCUUAGUUCAUGUAAAAAAGCCUUGAAAAUGUUUAUUGCUGCUCAAAAUUACUUUUAUCAUGGCUUUAAUUACAAACUUAAAUCGUUCUUAUGGGAAAUAUUACGAAAAUGUAUCAUAGAUUCCUUUGCGCAAAAAGUUGAGUACGAAAUAUAAGUUUCGUACAAUAUUGAGUACGAAAUGUUAUGUGUACACGUCACAGAUUAUGUGUGCUACGUCAGAGGUUCUCCAUUGUGAUCAAUUUUCGCGAGUGAAAACGCAGCAAUGGGGAAGUGUCGUUUCAAACCAGGGUGGUUAACUGAAUAUUCCUGGGUACAGAAAACAAAUGACAUUUGAAAAGCACAUUGUUGGGUCUGUAUGAAGACCAUUGAUGUCGGGGGUAUGGAGGAAAGCGCUUUGAAAAGCCACAAGAAAGUGAAAACCCUCAAAGAAAACAUGAAAUUGAGAAGCAAACAGGGUUCCUGGGAUGUGUUUUUUGUUAAACAGGAAGGUACUAUUGUUAAAACUGUUAAAUCUAAAACAGACUUAAAAAACAACAGCCCAUCUGUGUCAAACCAGGAAGGCACAGCCACAUGCAGAGAGUGUGCAGAUAGAAGAUUCAAAUUCCAGGACCUUCGCAACUUUCAGCUGUAGUAUCAAACUCGCAGACAUCCAUAGACAAAUUCGUUUAAAAAAAUGAUAUGUUGAACGCGAAAGUAUUUUGGGUAUUUAUACCGUUUGCACACAACCAUCCUUUAAUUCCAAUAAAAACAUUACAAAGUUUUUUCAGGUUGUGUUCCAUGACAGUACCAUAGCAAAGCAUAAUUAUGUGGCUGUUUUGGGGCUAGCUGAACAUUUCAAAACUGUACUUGAUAGUUCUAUAACUUAAUUAGUGGACAGUACUCAGUGUCUCAGUACUCAGUGUCUCAGUACUCAGUGUCUUUUGAUGAAAGUUUAAACAAGAAAGACCAAUCCAAGCAAAUGGAAAAGGCAUUUUAUUUAAAGGAAACUAACGUACAGUUUACGGACUUGAAAAUGAAUAUUUGGUCUUGGAAAGUCCUUGAAAAGUGCUUGAAUUUAGGUUUGAGAUUUCUGUUUGAACCAUGAGACAUCUAUAUAUUCAGCAAGGAACGAGAGCAAAUCAAGGAACAAUCGAAACGAUUCAUUCAGAAGUGUUUCUGCUGUAAAUUGUGAGGACAGUAGUAGCGUUACGGACUGUCCUCAGCGCACAAUUUAUUUAUGUGGUGCGCCUCAGACGCGAAUUCCGCGCAUUAUUGAAAACAAGUUGCUAAAAGUAAACACAUCCGGUUUUAUUACGAGCACUUUGCACUCCGAGCCAAAAGGGCAUUGCAUUGAAUUGAGACUAAAGAAGGCUUGAAAACAUGACCCCAGUUUUGUUGUAUGGUCCAGUAGCUCUUCGACUCUCAACCUGAAGUUAAUCAGAACUCAAACUCGGCCCUUAACAAUAUCCACGAGGCCAGCAUAUCAGCUCAGCUUCUGAGCUUCAGCAAACACUAUAAGCCGCCAAGAUAAAAAUAUCGUUGAAGUGAAAGUCGAUGACAAUCCUGACCCCUUCGCUUAAGUAAUUCAGCACAAAAACGUCUUGCGUCAGAGUAGCAAGCCUCCAAACAUCUUCUCCCAUGUUGGCUUCAUCAACACUUCUUACAGCGGAGCCUUGACGAGUUCGACUUCCAUCCCAGCAUCGAUGUUGCUUAGCAACAAUUCAAUGCUGGGAAUUGACAAAUUGUUCUAGACGAGUCGCUUACACAGAAACAAUCUGAUCCAACAGAUAGAGCAGGUGUUGCGUGACUUGUCCCUUAUUGCGACUGACCUCGAUAAGUUGCUCUCGAAUAAUGUUAACCUUAUGCCAGUAUGGGAUUGACGCCAUUUAACAACAGUUGAUGUUAAGAAUUCCCGGGUUUGAGGUGGCAACUUGGGCGUCGGGACUCGCUCCAUCUCUGUCUAUGGCCCAGUCAAAGCAGCAGCAGCAGCAAUAAGAACAACAAGUAGUAUCUGAGCGGUGCUCUGGUGUACGGGGCUUCAUAGCCUGUUCCUCCUGGUCCAGGACCUUUGGACAAAUGUUCAAAUAGUACUACCCACAGGAUGAAGCCACUCUGAAUCCGGGGCUCCAUACUUUCUUGGCCAGGGGCCAAGACUACCUCGUCAAUAAGCAGAGCACCAGCAUUGAUAUCGAGUUGGCCCAGCAACCGCACCAGUCCCGCCUGCAGGAGCCCCAGUCCAGAACGACCCUUCCCCUCCCUUGACUUCUAGCUCCUCUCCCUUGACCCCCUGCCUCAAAAAGUCAGCAUCGUUGAACAACUCCGUUCUGCAGCAAAUUCUGAGCAUGAUUCUGUUCUGAACAAACGCAAUGCCCACGUCACGUUUUCCAAACAUAAGCCUGGGUAGUUUUGUUAAGCUAGAGUUCCGCGUGGGCCUGAAAGGGACGAGUGUUACAGACACAAACAGUUAUAGCAGUAGUUAUGGUAACGCUAACAGUCAGUUGUUGCUGUUGGACAUCACAACAAAUAUCAUGAAGAAUAAAAAUUUCAAUAAGUUGUUCCAAUCUUUAUGGGACAAACAGAAAUUGAACGGAAGAAAAUCAAGGAACAAUAAAAGCGUAAGCUUUCCUAGUGGGAUACAUCUGCUGUUGAUAGUUUGGACAACAGUAGGGUUGCGGACUGCCCCAGAUUGUCCUCUCAGCUGCCAAAAUAUCAUAAUAGAACGGACUUUUGGCAAUGUUACUGACACAGAAAGGCAAUAAUGACUUGGUUGUCAAUACCCAGAGCAGGAUACAUCCAUGCUGACAAAGAAAGGCAGUAAUGACUUGGUUGUAAACACCCAGAGCGCCAUACAUCCAUGCUGACACAGUAAGGCAGUAAUGACUUGGUUGUGAACACCCAGAGCACAAUACAUCCAUGCUGACACAGAAAGGCAAUAUGACUUGGCUGUGAACACAGAACACAAUACACCCAUGCUGACACAGAAAGGCAGUAAUGACUUGGUUGUGAACACCCAGAGCAAGAUAUUUCCAUGCUGACACAGAAAGGCAGUAAUGACUAUGCUGUGAACACCUUGAGCAAGAUAUAUCCUUGCUAACACAGAAAGGCAGUAAUGACUAUGCUGUGAACACCCGGAGCAUAAUACAUCCAUGCUGACACAGAAAGUUAGUAAUGACUAUGCUGUAUACACAAUACAUCCAUGCUGACACAGAAAGGCAGUAAUGACUUGGUUGUGAACACCCAGAGCACAAUACAUCCAUGCUGACAAAGAAAGGCAGUAAUGACUUGGCUAUGAACACAUAACACGCUACACCCAUGCUGACACAGAAAGGCAGUAAUGACUUGGCUGUGAACACAGAGCACAAUACAUCCAUGCUGAAACAGAAAGGCAGUCAUGACUAUGCUGUGAACACCCAGAGCACGAUAUAUCCACGCAUACGCAGAAAGGCAGUAAUGACUAUGUUGUGAACACCCAGAGCAAGAUAUAUCCAUGCUGACACAGAAAGGCAGUAAUGGCUAUGCUGUGAAAACCCAGAGCAAGAUAUAUGGAUGCUGACACAGAAAGGCAGUAAUAACUAUGCUGUGAACACUCAGAGCACAAUACAUUCAUGGUGACACAGAAAGGCAGUAAUGACUUGGUUGUGAACACCCAGAGCAAGAUAUAUCCAUGCUGACACAGAAAGGCAGUAAUGACUUGGCUGUGAACACAGAACACGAUGCACCCAUGCUGACACAGAAAGGCAGAUAUGACUUGGCUGUGAACACAGAGCACAAUACAUCCAUGCUGACACAGAAAGGCAGUUAUGACUUGGUUGUGAACACAGAGCACAAUACAUCCUUGUUGACAUAGAAAGGUAGUAAUGACUUUGCUGUGAACUCAGAGCACGAUACAUCCAUGCUGACACAGAAAGGCAGUAAUGACUUUACUGUGAACUCAGAGCACAAUAUAUCCAUGCUGACACAGAAAGGCAGUAAUGGCUUGGAUGUAAAUACCCAGAGCACAAUACAUCCAUGCUGACACAGAAAGGCAGUAAUGACUUUGCUGUGAACUCAGAGCACGAUACAUCCAUGCUGAGACAGAAAGGCAGUAAUGACUUGGAUGUAAACACCCAGAGCACAAUACAUCCAUGCUGACACAGAAAGGCAGUAAUGACUUUGUUGUAAACACUAAGAGAUCCAUACAUCCAUGGGGUGUGCAACAGACGCAAAUUACGCCCACUAUUUUGAACAAGGUGCUUAAAGUGAACACGUCUAGUUUCUGUUAUGAGCACUUAGCACUCCGAGUCCAAAAGGCCUCGCAUUGAAUUGAUGUGAGAGAAGGCUUUGAAAAAUAACAGCAGUUUUGUUGUGUGGUCCAAUACGCCCUUCGACUCUCAACCUGAAGAAAUCAAAACUCAAACUCGUCUCUUAGCAAUAUCAGCAAGGCCAGCAUGUCAUCUCAGCUUCUUGAACUUCAGUUUUAGUCAAAAUGACAUGAUUGUUCCUCAGUCAGGCCCCAUUCACAAAAUGAUGAAAAAACUCAUUUACGCGUGAGUGAACUUUACUAGCAAACAUGACAAACGUCAUUGAAGUGAAAGUCGAUGACAACCCCCUUCUUGCACAAGUACUACAACUCGCUUAAGAAAUUCAGCACAAAGACGUCUUGCGUAAUACUACCAAGCCUCCUAUCAAUAUCUCCUCCCAUAUUGGCUACAUCAACACUUAAAACAGCAGAGCCUUUGUGAGUUCGACUUCCGUCUCAGCGUCGAUGUCGCUUAGCAACAAUUGGAUGAUGGGCGUCGACAAAUUAGGCAGGACAAGUCACUCGAACUGAAACGAUCUGAUCCAACAGCAGGCGUUGCGUGACACGUCCGUUAAUGUGACUGACCUCGAAAUGUUGUUCUCGAAUUAUGUGAACCUUAGGCCUGGAGAGCAGUAUGCGAUUGAAACCUUUCAACAACAGUUGUUGUCGGCAAUUCAUGGGUUUGAAGUGGGGACUUCGGCGGCGGGACUCACUCCAUCUCUGUCUUUGGCCCAGUGGCAGCAGCAGCAGCAGCAGCAACAAGAACAAUAAGUAGUAUCUUAGCGGUGUUCUGGGAUAUGGGGCUUCAUUUAUGUGCUUAAAUUGUCAUCCCAGAUGAGCCUGUGCAGACUGCACCUACAUUAAGUCCUAUUAAAUUGUCAUCCCAGAUUAGCCUGUGCAGACUGCACAUACAUAAAGUCCUAUUUAAGUGUCAUCCCAGAUUAGCCUGUGCAGACUGCACAUAUAUUAAGUCCUAUUAAAGUGUCAUCCCAGAUUAGCCUGUGCAGACUGCACAUACAUUAAGUCCUACUCAAGUGUCAUCUCAGAUAAGCCUGUGCAGACUGCACAUACAUUAAGUCCUAUUAAAGUGUCAUCCCAGAUUAGCCUGUGCAGACUGCACCUACAUUAAGUCCUAUUAAAGUGUCAUCCCAGAUUAGCCUGUGCAGACUGCACAUACAUUAAGUCCUAGUCAAGUGUCAUCUCAGAUAAGCCUGUGCAGACUGCACAUACAUUAAGUCCUAUUAAAGUGUCAUCCCAGAUUAGCCUGUGCAGACUGCACAUACAUUAAGCCCUAUUUUCCCAGAAUGAGGCUCAUAUACUACACUUAACAUCAGUAUUUUAUGUGACUGAAAAGUUCCUAGCAUCAAAUGGGAAUUAUGUGCUUUUAAAUUGAUCACACUUAGUAAAUAAAAUGCCAAUAGCACUUGAUCUGAUAUCAAUUUUAAUCAUAGAAGGUCAGGGCAUUAAGUUUUGUAUAUUUUCGACCGAAAUUUAGCCCCUGAACCAAAAGUUUAUCCUUUCAUAAAAAUCUGCUUUAAUAGAAUCGUCAAAUUAUAUUUAAUUAUAGUAAAAUAAUUAUGUAAAAGCCUUCAGCUCAUUUUAAAAUUAUUUUCUUCAUUUAUUUUCAAUAUUUAUUUAAAUUCUUGGAUUUUGUUUUAAGAGCCUGUUUCUACAGGAACCCAUGCAAUCAUAGAUCAGUACCUAGCUGAACAACCGGAUGUCCGGUCAGCUGGGCCCAGACGCCCAGUGACACUUCCUGGCCCAGGACCUUGGGGCAAAUGCUCAACUAGUCCUACCUGCAGGGUGGAGCCACUCUGAACCUGGGGCUCCAUACUUUCUUGGUCAGGGGCCAAGAUUACCUCGUCAAUAAGGAACACAUUCCUGGGAUGCCCUAAGGUGUUUCUAUCUGUUCACAGAGGUCUUAUACUCACAAGUUCAAGCCCAGUGAGCGAUGUUCACAUUAUCAAAAUCUGCAUCUCAAUAGAAACCAGGAUAGCAAAGCGUUGGUUUGUUUUUGAAGCAUUUGAACCAGCAACAGUCAUCAUUCGAGUUUCUGACAUGCCAAUGGUGCGGAACCCCUCAAUCUAUGAACAUCAUAACAGCACAUGAACCAGCAGCAGUCAUCAUCUCAAGAUUCUGGUAUAUCCAUGGUACAGGACCCUUAGUCUGUACAAAUCUUGCAGAACGAAUUUCAGAUGCAAUUGGAGGAAAUCAAACCAUUCAAUCAGAAACACAGCCUGUUGCAGCUAUUGUUAACAUAUUGACCCCAGUGAUACCUAAGAAGCUCAGAGUUACAUACUGUUUUAGAUGUGCUAGUCUUCACAUACCUCCUGGUUUAUUCAACACUUACUCUGAAUCUUUGAAUGUUAUGAAGGGUGAAAAUGAAUGACCUUGUUCAGAUCGAAAUGGCAGAAUGACACAUCACAACAAUUCAAGUGGAAAGCCACAAAGUCAUGUCAACAGCGACAUGUUGUAUGUUGCCAGCCAAGUUGUAUUAAAAAACACAAUAGCUUACGUUUUAUGUUAUAUGUGACCAACCAAGUUAUAUUCAUACAAAAACAAUAGUUUAUGUUUUAUGGGAAUGUUUAUGCUGUCAGUAUUGAUGUUGAAAUAUUUUGUUAAAUAUAGCAUGUCAAGUAUUUUAAAAGCAUGCAUAUGCAAUGUCUUUGUCUAUAUUAUCAUAUCACUACCUAUUUUGAUCCUGAUAAUGGUAAAUUAAUGGGAAAUACACUUUUAUCAAAGACUUUCAAAGUGUGACAAAGCUGUUUAAAUGAGGCUGGUAACUUGGACAACAUGAAAAAAAUAUUGGAGUAUUUUCAUGUUAUAACACAUGUUUCAGUUUUCUGUUUUUUUACCCGUAUUAUAGAUAAGCUAUAUAAAAGUAGUGUUAAGAAAGUUUUAGAAGUUUUACGCUUCAGCUUUUUCUGUUUAUCAAUCUUUCUAAAAACAAUACUAGUAAAUCUGCUCAUUCGGGUCGGUAUUUGAACAAGAAUCUUGUUUAAUAGCAUUCAUGGGAAUCUAAAUAAAUUAUAUGCAAUAUUAUGUAAUCUACCUAAAAGUAUCGAUUCUGUAUUUACUACCAGUACUUUGUUGAUUUCAAUGCAUAUUGUUUGUUAAAUAUUCGAAAUGGCUCUUGGAUUUGGGGGAAAACUUAAAGGAAAACUAAAAAUUAAAAAAUUAUUUUUUUUAGAGUUUUAUGAAAAAUGGCAAAAGUUAUAAAUGUUAAUUUGUGUUGUUAGAUCAAAGACUAAGAUGCUCAUAAGUGUUUAAAUUUAUUUUCGGACAUAAUAGUUUAUAAUGCUUUAUAUUUGUAUAUGCAUAUGAAGACGACCAGAAUGUAUCCUCUUUAAUCACUGAGUAUCUUAAUCAAUAUCUCUUGAUCACUGCAUACAUUGUAGAGGUAUAUUUUGAUAUUUAUACACAGAGCAACUGUGAAACAAUAGUAUUUUAAAUGUACAUUAUUUUGUUAGUGUGGCAAUUUUUAUAAGAUAAACUCACUGUUUACAUUAAUUUGUGCAAACUAUAGUCAUAAAAAUAUUGAUUGUGUGAAUCCUCAUAUUUGUAUUAAACUGUUAAAAUAAUGUACAGUAACAGAUUCUGAAGAGAAAACUGUACUCAAUGAAAUAUAAACCCCUUGUUAUAUUAACUGUUUUAUAUUAAGAACAGCUACUUAAAAUAAGUUAAAUUUUGUUUUACAUUAUCUAAAGAAAAUUUAGUACAUUUUUAUUUGAAAUCAGUUAUUUACAAAUUAAGGAAGAGUGUUGUCAUAUGCUAACAAUUGUCAAAAAAUGCGAUUGUCUCUAUUGGUAAAGUAGAGAGCAAUAUUAUUUGCUUAAACAAAAAAAAGCAAAGAUGUCUGCUUUGAAAGUGUAUGUGAAAUAAACACUUAUGUUUGUUCUUAUAUUAAACGUGAACGUAUUGAUGUAUAGCUGAUAAUAAAGUUUGACAUUUUAUUAGUUCUGUAACAAUAUGUUUUUUACCUUUUACGUUAACAUUCCCACAAUUGAUGUCAGUGCAGUGCCUUCAAUGGAGCCAUUUUCUGUAAAUCUCCCACUGUUAAAGUUCAGCAAAAGUUUUAAGACCAGAUUUCCUUAAACUUAGGGUUGUUUAUAUUUAACAUUUAUUGAAUGCAUGAAACAUGUUUGUUCUGUUGUUGAAUAGCUGAACAUUGAUGUAUGUAAAUUGUGUGACAUGUUGAUCAAAUUGAUACAUAGAAACAAGCACUCAUUAUGCGUUAAUUUGUACGUUAAGCUUAACAAAAAAUGUUACCAAACACAAAUAUAAGUAUUUGGUAACAAUAUACAAAAUUGUGCUAUAUUCGUAAAACCGUAUCAAAUGCAAGUUGAAAUGUAAUGUUUAAAUAUGUUCGUCGACUCCAAAUAAGCAUUUUGAAUAAGCAAAUUAAUACAUUAAUAAUCUCUAAGGAAAGUACCCAUAGGCACUUUUCAAUCGCUUGUGUACUUCAUAUUGAUCAGGGUCUUUCUAAAUUCAUUCAUGAUUUUUUAUGCCUAUGUCUGAAUUGUGUAAAUAUCUGUUAAAUAACUGUUAAAAAGGAUUUUAAUAUUAUAAGUUAAAAUAGUUUCUAAACUAUAACCGGUCAUUUGUUGCAUUUAUUUUUACGUGUUUAUAUUUUCUGGCUUACUGUGCUUAAUUUUGUAUAUAAACGUACGUACUUUUAUUGUGGUUUUCGUAUUUAGACAAAGCGCACUACACUUAUGCUGUUGUUUUUGUCCACCAUUUCUAUACAAAAUGUUGUAUGUAAAUAAUUAAACAUGUUGAUGUUGGUAAUAAUGUAUUUCCUGAUCUAAUAUUGAUGAUGCACUCAAUAAAGUACAUAACCAUUUAUGUGGACUAGUAUUGUUUAGUUAUAGUUUGUUGUUAUAACUAAUAAAAUCUUCAAGGAUUG